CGGGCCCCGGUCUUGUCGCUGUCAGCCCACCUGCUCCCGGAGUCAGCCGAGCCAACAUCCCUCCUCGACCGGCCCCGCAGCGGGCUCGGAGCAGCCAGCGCCCCCGGAACAUGGCCACUGAGGUCCACAAUCUGCAGGAGCUCCGGCGAAGUGCCUCACUGGCCACCAAGGUCUUUAUCCAGAGAGACUACAGCGAUGGGACCAUCUGCCAGUUCCAGACCAAGUUCCCCCCAGAGUUGGACAGUCGGAUCGAGCGGCAGCUCUUUGAGGAGACUGUGAAGACCCUCAACAGCUUCUAUGCGGAGGCCGAGAAGAUUGGGGGCAGCUCUUACCUCGAGGGCUGCCUGGCCUGUGCCACAGCCUACUUCAUCUUCCUCUGCAUGGAGACCCACUAUGAGAAGGUUCUUAAGAAGAUCUCCCGCUACAUCCAGGAGCAGAAUGAGAAGGUCUUUGCCCCCCGAGGCCUCCUGCUCACAGACCCCGUGGAGCGUGGGAUGAGAGUUAUCGAGAUUUCCAUCUACGAGGACCGGUGCAGCAGCGGCAGCUCGAGCAGCGGCAGCAGCAGCGGCAGCGGCAGCAGCAGCGGUGGGGGCGGUGGGGCGGGGGGCCGGUGA